AUGGCCACCUUCCGCACCAGACCCCUCCUCCCCCUCCCCAUUAUCCUCCUCCUUGCCACCCACACCUCCGCCCACGGCGACCACUCCCACCUAGAAGAAGGCCUCGCCAUCUCCGCCGACCCCAUCGACUCCAUCCUCUGGUCCCACAUCCUCCUCCAAUGUCUCGCCUGGGGCAUCCUCUUCCCAACCGGCAUGGUCCUAGGCCUCGUCCGCAAUCGCUGGCACGUCCCCACCCAAACUCUAGCCUCGAUCAUCGCGCUCGCGGGUUACUUUCUCGGACAUCUGCAUAAGGGACGCCAGUUCUCGAAGAAUGCGCAUAGUGCUUUUGCGAAUUGGUUGAUGUUUUUGUUGAUUGCGCAGGUGGUGUUGGGAGCUUAUCUGCGCUUGCAUCUGGAGAGGGGGUUUUUGGGGAGGGUGAGGAAGUGGCAGGUUAAAGGCCAUGCUAUCUUGGGUGGGAUCAUUCCUGUGGCGGCAUGGGUGCAGAUGUUGCUUGGGGGGAUUGCGACGCAGGGGUUUUGUCAGGGUGAUCAUUUGGGACAGUGUCUGGCGCAUUUUAUUAUGGGUUCGGCUUUUAUCGCUUAUGGGAUUGUGCUCACCAUAUUGCUUCUCUGCGGACAAGCGUGGUUGGCACGGACGGGCAGGAGUCAAGAAUUUUGGGACAGUCUUAUCAUCGCACUCUGGGGUUGCGUGAACACGUUCACCGAACAUCGAUGGGGAGGACCAUGGGUCCACAACGAUCUGCAGCACACAAGCAUGGGCAUCAUCUGGUGGGCAGCCGGCCUCGUCGGCAUCUGGCUCUCACGAGAUCGUGCCGGCAGACCGAAACGCAACCUCAUCCCAGCUAUCGUCAUCUUCAUGACCGGCUGGGCCAUGAGCGCGCAUCCUCAGUCUCUCAUGCUAUCCACGAAAGUGCAUGGUGUCUUCGGCUACACCCUGAUGUCUGCCGGCAUCACUCGCCUGAUCGAGAUCGCAUUCGUGCUGCGAGACAAAGUAGCACCGGAGAGACCAGACGACAUCGACUCGGAGAUCAACAGCUUCCAGUAUCUUCCGCCUUUCCUCCUCUACGCCAGCGGCUUCCUCUUCAUGGGCGCCACAGAGGAGCAAAUGCAGAUGCUUUCCGAUGCAGGCGUGACACACGUGUCCUACAUCCUGAUCCUAUACAGCAUCAGCUUCCUCCUGUUUCUAUUCGUCCUCAUGCUCCUCCACCUCUACAGCGCGCAGUCCUCAGGCGGCAAGACAACAAUAGGGGCUAAGCCCAGCGACGACGAGGAGUCCUCGAGACCAGUGAACGGCCAUGCUCGAGUGCCCAACGCCAUGGAUAGGCAAGCGCACGACGCGCAGGAAUUCGAGCUGGAGGGUCUGAUGAGCGAUGAUGAUGACGAGAAUGUGAAGCCCAGAAUGAAUGGACAUGCUCAUUAA